CUGGGUUACUGUAUUGAAGGAACACACAGGUUGUUAGUUUAUGAGUAUGUCAACAACGGCAAUUUGGAGCAAUGGCUUCAUGGAGCUAUGUGUCAACAUGGAUAUCUUACUUGGGAGGCCCGCAUGAAAGUUCUCCUUGGCACUGCUAAAGCACUUGCAUACUUGCAUGAGGCCAUUGAGCCAAAAGUUGUGCAUCGGGAUAUUAAGUCCAGCAAUAUACUAAUUGAUGAUGACUUCAAUGCUAAACUAUCUGACUUUGGUCUGGCAAAGUUGCUGGGUGCUGGAAAGAGUUAUAUUACAACCAGAGUUAUGGGUACCUUUGGAUAUGUGGCUCCAGAAUAUGCAAAUAGUGGCCUCCUCAAUGAGAAGAGUGAUGUUUAUAGUUUUGGAGUUGUGCUCUUAGAAGCAAUUACUGGAAGAGAUCCAGUUGACUAUGGACGUCCCGCACAUGAGGUAAAUCUGGUUGACUGGCUCAAGAUGAUGGUUGGCAGCAGGCGCUCAGAAGAAGUUGUUGACCCAACCAUCGAAACCAAGCCGUCUGCAAGUGCCCUUAAACGAGCCCUUUACACUGCUUUGAGGUGUGUAGAUCCAGACGCUGACAAGAGACCUAACAUGGGUGAAGUUGUCCGCAUGCUUGAGUCAAACGAAUAUCCCAUACGACGAGAGGAUCGAAGACGCCGAAGGAAUCAGUCAGGGCCCAAAGAAGCGGAGUCUCAGAGGCAUAGCGUAGUCUCAGAGGCAGAAUUCUGA